AAAGCCAGGACAGGGAAUCGCGGUCCUUGAGCAGCCGAGCUGUGCUGAGCGCUAAGAUCCAGGAACUGCUGUGCUGACGCCAACAUGAGCGAGCGACAAGGUGCUGGGGCAACCAAUGGAAAAGACAAGACGUCUGGUGAAAAUGAUGGGCAGAAGAAAGUUCAAGAAGAGUUUGACAUCGACAUGGAUGCCCCAGAGACAGAACGGGCAGCGGUGGCUAUUCAGUCUCAGUUCAGAAAAUUCCAGAAGAAGAAGGCUGGGUCCCAGUCCUAGCGAGAGGGCCCCAUCAGAGUGUGCCACUGAAUGCAACCAUCACUUAUUAAAAAAUUGAAAGAACAACAUCCCUCAAGAGAAAUUAUCCAAACCCGGCACAUACCCAUGUGUGCAUGCGUGCACACACACAUACAUACACACUCACACACACCCCAAACUUAAAAUGCAUGUACAGCAACCAUGGUAUCUAGACCCUUGUCCUAAGGUGUAAAACGAUGCGAUUGUGAGUGGUUUCACCUCUAUGUUGAUUUCCAGUACCAUUCCUCCUGCAACGAUAUCCCCUGAUGCUGUAAUAAAAUGGAGUUCCGAAGAGUAA